GCAGGGUCCCUGCUGCUGCUGCUCCCACACAGCUCUGGCUCUGGGCUGUGCACAGACCCUGCACUGCCAUGGGCACCCUUGGGAACAGGCAGCUCCUGCUCUGCUGUGCCCUCUGGGGACUCUGCCUGGCCUCGGACUACGAUGAUUACUCUCAGAACAGCACCAGCGAGCAGGCCAGCACACCAGAGGUCACCCCGUGUCCCCGAGCCAUCCCGGGCGACCAGGCCACGGUCAACAAUGUCACCUACCUGCUGAUCCCCGAGGCCACCCGUGCCCAGCUGGGCAGUGCCAUCACCGUCAGGCUCAUCCCGUGCCUCUACAGCCUGGUGUUCCUGCUGGGGCUGCCGGCCAACGCGCUGGCCCUCUGGGUGCUGGCCACCAGGGCCGAGCGCCUGGCCUCCACCGUGUUCCUGAUGAACCUGGCCGCCGCCGACCUGCUGCUCGUCUCCGUGCUGCCCUUCAAGAUCUCCUACUAUUUCCUGGGCAACCACUGGCCCUUCGGGGAAGGGCUGUGCCGCCUCACCACGGCUCUCUUCUACGGCAACAUGCACUGCUCCGUGCUGCUGCUCACCUGCAUCAGCGUGGAUCGCUACCUGGCCGUGGCUCACCCCUUCUCCUCCCGCGCCUUCCGCACUCCCACCUUGGCCGCCGGCACCUGCGCCGGGGUCUGGCUCUGCUCUGCUGCCCUGACGCUGCCCCUGACCCUGCAGCAGCAGUCCUACCCCCUGCUCGGGGCAGGCCUCACGCUGUGCCACGACGUCCUGCCCCGGCACGAGGAUGAUGGUUUCUACUUUUAUUAUUUCGUGGCGCUGAUCGCCUGCGCCUUCCUGCUGCCGCUGCUGCUGCUGGCGCUGAGCUCGGGCGCGGUGCUGCGCGUCCUCCUGCGCGGGGGCGGCCGCUACGGCCACGCCGCCAAGCUCACGGCCCUCGUGGUCGUCACCCUCGUGGUUUUCUAUGCCCCCAGCAACGUCCUCCUGCUGCUUCACUACUCCAGCCCCUGCUCCAAGCUGCACGGCCGGCUGUACCUCAGCUACAUGGUCAGCCUGGCCCUCAGCACCUUCAACAGCUGCGCUGAUCCCUUCGUCUACUACUACGUGUCGGAGGAUUUCCGGGAGAAGGUGAGGAGGAGAGUCUUCAGUGGCAGCAAAAAAACCACCACUUCCCUAAAGACCUCCAAGGAAACGCUGCCCCGGUCCAAGCAUUCGCUGGUGUGAGCCUCCAGCCCGGCUCGCUGCUCCCAGGGCUCUCAGAAUGCACACAGUGGGGAUAAGAGGAAUUCAGCACUGGAAUUCCACAAGUUUCACCCAGAACAGCUUUUCCCAGGAGCCAAGUGCUUUCCCUGUCUGCACAGAUAAGGAUGAAUAAACCCAGGCUGUGAGAUUCUUUGCCCAGAGGAGAUGCUGAGUGCUGGACACAUCCAUCCUUUACUGGGACACUGCCUGCAGCCUCUCAGCUGCUCCCACACCACCAGGGAUGUUCCUCCCCAUACACCUGGGUCUGCUGUUCCUAACCUGGCUGCUCUCUGCCUGCUACUCCUGCUCCUGGCUUGCUCUCUGUCCUUAAAUGCAUAUUCCCUUCCCCUAAAACAAAAAAAGAGGCAUCAUUGCAAAACCAAAUGUCUAAAUGUUUCAAAAGCUACUCUCCUGAACUAAACCAGUCUGUCAAAGGACUGCAGAGUACUGGCUUGUGUAGCAAAAACAUUCUUGGCUUGAUUUGUCAGCAACCCCUCAGGAACGUCAGCCCACCGUUGGUAAAAGGUGUAAAAAUCCCCUUCACUCAUCCCUGUUUUUGCAAAUCACCCUUGGCAUCCAUCAUUUAUUUGAGGCAAAUGUUGUAUUAAUGGAUUUUAUAAAAAAAUGAUGUCUCAUGAAGGGAAAUAGUAAAGUAGGAAUGGAGCAAAGCCUCUGGUACUUCACAUUUCCUUUAUGUAAUGUCACCUACAGCCAAAAGCUGGCUCUGAUCAAAGUGGUGCUCAGGUUUGUUGUUUGUUGUACCUGCUGCAAAUCUGACAAAAUGCAGCCUGCCCAUCUCUCAGACACAACUGGGGCAGAGCCCUGUGAGCAGCCAGGUAGAAAAUGAGCAAUAAACCUCUUUAGAGCUCCUUAAUUCUUUAGUUUUCCCAGCACAGGCUUGACAAGAUAAAGCAUGAAUAAGAGGCAGAGAGGAUUGUCUUAAAAUCAGUUUUUAAUAAAAUAUUUAUCAGAAUCUAAAACAAACAAUUUUCUGGACUCAGACUUGCUAAGAUGUGUGUGAACAGACCAACAGCUAGUCAGAGAGCUGUUUGUGUGUACCUGUGGGGGCAAAAGGCAGGGGAAACACAAAGCUGGGCUCCAGGUGCUGGGCUCUCAGUCAGAAACAGCAGGGACUAAAAAAACCUCAAACCCAAAGGCAGGCUGGUAGAGGUUUUCUAAAGAGUUUCUCUAUUCACAAUAAUGAAAACCAGGUUAUUGUGCAUUAAAUGUCAGCAGUCAGUGUGAGCAAAGCAAGUGCUGGUGUGUUGGGGAUGUUCUUCAAGCAAGCUGAACAUUUUUUCUGGUAUUUGCUUUCUACUGAGGCUGAUUAAGAAGGAGGGGAAGAGGCAAGACCAAAACACAGGAGAAGAAAGAACAAGGGGAACUAUUGCUUUAAAAUAAAUACCAUGGUAAUGAUUACUCUGCAUAAUGUACAGGUACAAAUAUAUAAAUAUUAAUUUCCUUGAAAGGAUUGCAAGCAUCAAUCACUGAUAACUAGCACUGCUGCAGCUAUUCAGUCACAGAACUCGAUGGAAGAAGCAAUUUCUGUGUCUUACAAACCCACUGGCACUUUUCUCCUUUUGUAGUGAGGGACCAUCAGGAAAAGGAAAGGAGAAACAUCUCUCUGACAGAGGAAGGCAAAGUCUCUAAGCCAGAAACAACCCAAAGCAGCAGCCUUGCUGGCUUUGGCUUUCCAGCACCCAGCUGGCCUUUUCCUUGGUGGAAAAAAAAAACAAAACCAAUCCUUCUCUCUAAACUGCCUGGCUGAGGUGCACAAAGUGGGAGCCUGAGAUGUCCUUGUGCUCUCAGGGACAGGAGGGAGACUGAGCAGAGCUGGACCUAAGCCUGUCAAUGGCUUUGGGUCUGUUCUGCUUUGUCCAGUGGUGCUCAGGGAUCCAGUCCUACACUUUCUGUAUUCCAAGCAGGAUGUUGAAGAAUGGAGGAAAAAUAAUCUAUGAUUUUUUUCCCCUAGAUAAGAAUGAAUGAUGGUGACAAGAAACACGAACUACAAAUGUGGGACAGGGGAAAGCUCUGGACCCUCAGCUGGGGUGGAGAAGAGAGCAGAGACCUCCUUUAUUCCUGUGAUAGGGGGAAAAGGCAACCACAGUGGUGGAACUGCAGUUUAUUUGAUUCAUUUCCUUAAAUAAAAUCACCUUUUUAGCAACAAAGAGGAGCUGGUUUGGUGUAGCAAGAGCAGGGGGAGGCAGCAGCUGCCAAGAGCAGAGGAACUGGAAGUGCCAAGGCUGGGGGUGAAGUCAGGAUCCAGAAAUCCUGCCACAUCCCCUCCCACACACUGCCCUGCUCUGUCUGACUCUGAGGACAGGAAGGCUGCUCUGCCUUUGCCUUCUGAGGGUCCAGGGCUCUCUGGCUUUCCUUUGAAUUGUAAAACAGAAGCCAGACUCCUCUGCCUCAAGCACUGGCACAGAGAUCCCUCAGACAAGGCCCUGAUUGAUGGGCUGGCACCACCAGCAGGAAUUAUUUACCUGGCAGCAACAGGGGGAUGUCUGCAGCUGGAAUUAGGACAUUACAUCUCCCACAGCCUGAGGAAAGCAAAGAAAGCCAGGUUUAAUUCUUGGCUGGAACUCCCCACCCUCACCUCCUCGUCCCUAGAGGGAGGUCUGAGUGCCCAAGGAUCUGUGAGAGGACCAAGCAGUUUAAAACUACUUCAAAUAUCUCUCCAGAAGCAUUCACUGGGUGUACAAUGGGUGAGAGAGAGCAGGAGAGGAAAACCAGAAAGGGACUGAGGACUCCAGAAAACAGGUCCCAUCUCCUGGAUGAAGGCAGUCACAAACAUCACCAGGGUCACCAAAUGCCUCAUCCUCCCAGCUCACAGCACCAAACAGCUGCAGCCUGAACCAGCAAACAGCAGGGUUUGUAUU